CGGGGUUGGGGCUUGGCCACCCUGCACCCUUAGGACCCCUUCCUCUUGGGCGGGGGGAGAUGCUGCAAGGUAUCCGGAAUCCGCGGGCCUAGCACGUGUUCUCCGGGGGCGCAGAGGCAGGGUCCGCAGCCGGCCAGCGUUACGGCCUCUUUCUGAUGAGAAGAGCAAAGAAGGAUGGACUACACUCCCCAAACUUCCCUCGUCCCAUGUGGACAAGAUAAAUACAUUUCAAGUAAGACUUUUGCGAUCAUGCUGAAUGAACUUCUCCUGCACCUCAAGACCUACAACUUGUACUACCAGGGCCAGAACCUGCAGCUCCGGCACCGAGAGGAAAAAGAUGAGUUCAUCGUGGAGGGGCUGCUGAACAUCUCGUGGGGGCUGCGCCGGCCCAUCCGGCUGCAGAUGCAGGAUGACAACGAGCGCCUGCGCCCCCCUCCGUCCUCUUCCUCCUGGCACUCCGGCCUGCAACUUGGGGGCUCAGGGCACCAUCCUGAGCCCCUCACCAUGCCCAACAUUCAGAUCUCAGAGGUGGACGCCCCAGCCGAGAGCGAGCAGGCACUGAGCCCCACAGACUCCAGGGGCCUGAAGCCCCUGCAGGAAGACACCCCUCAGCUGAUGCGCACGCGCAGUGGUGGAGUGCGUCGCCGUGGCAACGUGAGGACGCCCAGCGACCAGCGGCGAAUCAGACGCCACCGCUUCUCCAUCAAUGGGCAUUUCUACAACCACAAGACGUCCGUGUUCACGCCUGCCUACGGCUCCGUCACCAACGUCCGCAUCAAUAGCACCAUGACCACGCCACAGGUGCUGAAGCUGCUCCUCAACAAAUUUAAGAUUGAGAACUCCGCGGAGGAGUGCUUGUACGUGGUCCAUACCAGCGGCGAGAAACAGAAGCUCAAGGCCACCGACUACCCUCUGAUCGCCCGGAUCCUCCAGGGCCCCUGCGAGCAGGUUGCCAAGGUGUUCCUGAUGGAGAAGGACCAGGUGGAGGAAGUCACCUACGACGUGGCCCAGUACAUCAAGUUUGAGAUGCCUGUGCUUAAAAGUUUCAUUCAGAAGCUCCAAGAAGAAGAAGACCGGGAGGUAAAGAAGCUGAUGCGCAGAUACACUGUGCUCCGGCUGAUGAUCCGGCAGAGGCUGGAAGAGAUCGCUGAGACCCCAGCCACAAUCUGAGCUGCAGGCAGCGGGGGAUCCAGGCUCCCUCGGGGCUGCCGUGGACAGGAGAGCGCUCACAGGAAGCUGAGCACUUCCUUUCCAUGGGAAACGCUAACCUUUUCAGCCCCUGACCACCCUCGUGUGCUCCGUGUGCUCCCCGGAGCAGGAAGAAGAAACCAGCAGACGACUCCCCUUCCCCGGAUCCCUGCUCUUUUCUUUGACUUAGCAAGGACUUUUGAUUUUUGUUCUAAGACCCAAACUGUGUGUGUGUGUGUGUGCGCGCGCGCAUGCACAUACAUGUGUGCACAGGAUAUGUGUCUGUGUGCCUCCCUGAUAAUUUCACAUACAGUUGAAUUCCCAGCAGCCAGCUGUGAGGCUGGUGGAGGCGCCGCUGGCGGGCAGGGAAUUCGGCGGAGUUGCUGACCUGAGCGACUUGGCGUUAAAGGAGAGCUCUCCCCUACCCCGUGCUAGGGAGCAGCCGCACGUGUCAGCCCGUGCCUCGAAGGUGGAGGGGCUCCUGCAGGCUCACCGUGCCGGGUAUGUAUGUGUUAGGAGAGAUUCUCCCUGGAUGUCUGUCUAGAAGGAUGGGUGAAUGUGAGAUUGAUCCCUGGAAAUUAACAAAGGAACAGCCCCAUACCCCUGGGGCAGGUGUCUUGGAAAGAAAAAGAUGAACCAUCAAGGGGUCGAUGCAGUAAGCCCUUCUACACUGGGUAUUCAGCUCACGUCAAGAAGGAAGGCGUGUGUGAUGUUCUCUACGGAAGCCUGCCAAGAAUACACUGUAUCCCUGUCCCCAGCUCAAGGGGACGGGGACGUAUGCGUUUCUCCCGGCAUGCCACGCGGCCAGCCCCUGCCUUCCUGGAGUUGAAGGAAGGGUCUCCUGAAACAGUGCUCACUGGUGAGCAUGUGGCACUGACUGGCUGGCUCAUCCUGGGAUGGUGGCCAGCAGGCUUCUGGGUUCCCUUUUAAGGGCUGAAGGGACGUGGAGAGGUGACAGGUGCCUUCCUGCCCGGCCCACUGCCACGUCUUCCCAGGACUCGCACUGCACCAGGAGCUGGGGCUGUGCCUUGUGCUUUCCAACCUCUGGAUUCUUCCAAACUGCCCUCACCCUGCGUGUGGAAUUGGACUCCAAGAAUGAGGGCUCCUCUGAGCGGGGGCUCCAGGAAGCUCCUCAGAGCAGGGGCCUCUCCAUCUCCAGCAGCCACCCAGGGCUCUUCACAGCCGACCCCGAUGGAGGGGAAAGGAAAGGACCGACUGUCCUUCCCAUCAGGAAGACUGCCGGGCAGCGGGCUCCGGGGUGACUGGUGCAGUUGGAGGAGGGACAGACAAGUGCUGCCUUGUGGAGGUCAAGCCAGGCAAGACCAGGAUCUCCUGCAACAGGCGUCUCUCAGCCUUGCUGGGGGAGGGGAGCUCCCCAUCUCCUCCGCACCCCCUGCUCCAAGGAAGGAGAGCCACUGGUCAGCUGUUCCUGCCCCGGACACCCUCCUGUGCCCCCUGCUUGUACCGGUGGCCUCCCCGCUGGCCUCCUUAGAAGGCUCACAGCCGUGGGCUCACUGCUGGCUUCCCAAAGCAGACCUGCUGCUCCCUGGUGCUCAGCCAGGGGUCUCCUAGCCAGCCUACCCCUCUGUGGGGACAGCACCACCAGCCCUGUGAGUCGUGUGGCAUGGAAACCCAGAGGGGCUUAGUCUCAAGCAUACACCUGUUAGCUUCUGCAGAGGGCACACGUCGGGGGACAAAGAGCAGAGGUCAGGGCUGGGACUUUUUUGUUAUCAAUGGGAAAGAGCAAGUUUAUGAAUGAAAUGCCCCUCCUGGGCUUGGCAUUUGGAGAACUUCUCCCAUUGUUUUUAUCUUGACUGUUCAAGGCCUUUGAUGGCCCCAAGAAUUCUCCCUAGGGGGCUGGAAGGCAGUGUCUCCAGCUAGCACAUUACUAACCCCUAACUCUUACUGGAGGCCGAUCGCCAGUUCCUGAAAAUUCUAAUUGGCACGCGGAAAUGUUGCCAAACGCCCAGUUUGCCAGGUCACUUGGUGAGGAGGCAACACGAGGGAGGACUUGACUUUUCAAAGGUCAGGAGUGGGACUGGGGGGAGACACACCUUAUGCAGCUGGGGCUCCAGAGCACAAGUGGUGGGCGUGUGGGUGGGGAGUUUGCUCACUGGCCUCCAGGGCGCUGCAUUUCGACUGAGUUGAGGUUGAGGCAGCUAGUCGUGGGGUAUCAGCCACCCAGCCACAAGAAAAACAGGGAGACCGAGGUCGAGAAAUAUUUCCACCUCUCCACUCUCCCUACAAAAAAAGCACACAACACUGUCUCCUAGGAACGGCUAGAUACCCACAUUUUAUCUUCGUACCUGCAGUAUGUAGCAACUCCACGCAAAACCAUCUUGGCCAGAGUUCUCUCCUAUGAGAUUGGAGGGUUGUCAGGAGGGUGGAAGGAGAAAGGGCGGUAGAAGCUAGAAGAAGCUCUCUCAAACAACAAAAGCACAACAAGAAAAAACUCUCAACAUUGUAUUUCAAAGCUAUGUGACAUGGAGAACGUGGGGUCAGUUACACACACCUCCAAGAGGGAAACGACAAAACAUGUUGGGAGUCUCUAAGCCACCCAGCUAUGACGUCAGCAAUGAGCCGGGAGGCAGAGGAGGCUGCCCUGAGCCUCUUGCUACGGCAGGCAGCACGGGCUGUUGAGUUGUAGCCUGGGGCCUAGGUGGUGAGAUGGUGCGGUAGAAGCAAAGCCAGCCGUGGCACGCCACCUGCCGGACGGAAUGGGACGCAUUGGCCCUGUCUCUGGAUGCGGGUCAAGAGACCCACAAGCUGUGAAAGAAAGGCCUCGGUUUACCCUUGGAAACAUCCGGGUGCCUUGCAGACCCGUGUCCAGGAUGAUGCUCCCAGGGUGCAGUCGCUAGUGUCUUUGAAAAAGCCCCUGAGCACUGGGAAGCGUGCUUUUAAAAAAAAAAAAUCCUAACUUGCCUUCCAGCCAUGGUACCUGACCCCACUGGAUGUUUGGUUCUGAACUUCAAGACAGCUGUUUCUCGGUGUCUUCAUGUGGUCUGGCAGGGCCUCCUGUCGGGAGCUGUGCAUUUCUGUAGCGUUUUGAUGUGUGUGAACGCCCCUGCCCUAGAUGUCAAAAUAAAGCACUUUCC